AUGGGUAGAAAAGCGAACCCAAUCCUAGCCAAUGUGGCGAUUUUCGCAGUCGAGCACAUCAUGAUUCGAGCCCUUGCCGCAGCUUCUCUGCUUCUGGUGCGUCCUAACCCCUCUGCCAUCAAUUCUUCUCAAAACUUGCCAUUUCAUGCAACUCAGUACUUUCAAUUUUGAAAAGUAUUCAAACAAACACACAUGAUGUUAUAACAUUGCCAUAUAUCAAAGAAAGCGAGCUUCAGGCCUUGGUGGUGGCUGAAAAUACGACACCGGCACGUGGGUUCACCACCGUGGCGCAGUGCAAAUGCAGCGACAUGGAGGAAUGCGGAGCUACAAUCAAAGCAAAGACCUCAAGAUGCAAAAAGAGGUUCAAAAGCAGGGAAUUAUGACGGAUUAUCCUACUUUUUAGCGAGAAAUGCACGGCGUUCUUGUCUACGAUUGGAGAUGCUGCGAAAAUCAUGCAAUGCUUAGAUAAGGACCACGAGGUUUUAUUUAAUGGGGAUUUCAGAAAAAUAUUUUGAAAACUCUUCGCAAAAGUUCUAAUUUGGUGUCAUCUUUCAAGGUAAUGAACAACCUCGAAGAAUGUGCGAAGAAAAAGCUCAACGGAGAACUCGGGUAUGUGUUUGAGAAGAUGAAAGCUGGAAACUCAGAAGUUCAGAUGUACCAACUCUGAUACUCCGGUCAAUGUUACCAUCCCGCUCAUUCCAGUUAUUGAAGUGCCGUCUCUGGAAGAAUCUGCUGCUGCUGCGGUAAGCAAAAGGACUGUAAGGUUGAAAAGAGGAUACUUAAGGGAUCACAGCAGACUCCGAGCCAGCCGUCUCCUCCGCUGGGUCUUUCCCAGUACCUGAUGUGCGUUGACGAGUGUGCUUUGGACGACAUGGAAGUUGGUCUCCUUUUUCAUCAGAAUAAUUGAAAAAAAUUUCUGAUUAAUUAAUUUGAGGUGAUUCCUGGCCGUAAAAAGAGAAGUCCAGUGAACUGUGCUUUCAAGCUCAAGUGAGUAAAAAAACUUAUUUUUUUAUUGAUUCUAGGAAAAAAACAAAAAAACUAUUAUGUUUUUUUUAUAAAUUUUCAAGAACUUGGAGUUAAAAAGAAAAAAAUUGGCAAAAAAAUGUUUUGAGAAUUAAUUUUUUUCUUCACACGGAAUUUUCCGGUUUUCAAAUUGAACACAAAAAAAUAGUUAAAGAGAAAAAUUAUUGAAGUUUGAAAAAUUAUUGUUCUCAUGAAAAGGGAGAAAAAAAUUCGCCUUUUUUUAGAUAUGACAAUCUUCCAGAAAAAAAUUUUUUUUCAUUCUUCAAGUUCUGCUUGACUUUUUAAUUGAAUCUAACAGGCUUAGAUAAGGACCACGAGGCUUAAUUUAAUGGAAAUUUCAGAAAAAAACACUAUAAAAAAACUUUUUUUGCAAAAGUUUUAACUUGAUAUCAUCUGGUUUGGAAAAAUCUCUAUCAUUUUAUUUUCUGUUUGGUCAAAAUAAGAUCCCCGAAAUGUGACUACACGUGAGAGGAAUUGACCUGAUCGUUCACAAGAUCUUUAAAGAACAACGCCUCACUUUUCUAAUUGCUGAUUGACUGCAAGCAAAGAAAGUCGAUCAAAAACCAUUCUUCCUCUUUCCGCAACCGCGAUAACCAAUCUUUUUCCGCAAAGACCAUAUUUGGCACAGAUGAUCAUAGAUUGCAAUCACUAUGGUUGAUGUCAUUUCAGAUGCGCGCUGACGCCUCCAUCAGACGCCGCAAGAGAAGUGUACGCAGCUUGCGAAAAGGAGGUGACCGGUCGGAUCGAUAUCAGUGACGUCGUCUUUCUUGUUUCAGCUAAAGUACGAUCCGAAGCAAGGAGCCGCCGACUCCUGCCGCUGCCUCCAGCAGGCUGGCGUCAACAUGCAAUGCUCUUGA